GGCGAUGGCCCGGACCCCGAGUGUGGGCUAGCGUGGCUGGGUGCCCGGUCAUGGGCUGUAUCGGCUCCCGGAGCCCGGCGAGUCAGGUGUUUCUAGGGACCACCAGCUGGCUGAGGCUCAGGGACAGAGACGGCUGCUCCAGCUAAAGGUCAGUUGUGAUGUACAAUUGCCUGUUGGCACUGUCUAGGGGAUGGGCCUCAGCUCCUGAGCUCCAGAGAGCUCAGCUGGGCCCAGGCACUCCCACCUCCUCAAAGCCAUGAGGCAGAAGUGUUCUCCUUCUGUGACUAGGCACAGGUUCCAAGUGGGGAGGGGACUGGCUCAGCAUCCGGAGCCAAAAUAGGAAUAGAACUGGGAGCUGAGCCUGGAGCGGUUCUGGGCUUUUGGUUCUCCGCAUCAACACAGCCAGCAUGCCUAUGAUUUCUGUGCUGGGCAAAAUGUUUCUGUGGCAGCGUGAAGGGCCUGGAGGACGAUGGACUUGUCAGACAAGUCGAAGAGUGGCCUCGGACCCCGCGUGGGCUGUGGAGUGGAUUGAACUUCCUCGAGGCCUCUCCCUGUCUUCCUUGGGAUCUGCUCGGACUCUCCGAGGCUGGAGCCGGUCCUCCCGCCCUUCCUCAGUGGACAGCCAGGACUUGCCAGAGGUGAAUGUUGGAGACACAAUCGCAAUGCUGCCCAAGUCCCGGAGAGCCCUAACUAUCCAGGAGAUUGCUGCGCUGGCCAGAUCCUCGCUGCAUGGUAUUUCCCAGGUGGUGAAGGACCACGUGACCAAGCCCACUGCCAUGGCCCAGGGCCGAGUGGCUCACCUCAUUGAGUGGAAGGGUUGGAGCAAGCCAAACGACUCGCCUGCUGCCCUGGAAUCAGCCUUUUCCUCCUAUUCGGACCUCAGUGAGGGUGAACAGGAGGCUCGCUUUGCAGCAGGAGUGGCUGAGCAAUUCGCCAUUGCAGAAGCCAAGCUCCGGGCAUGGUCUUCGGUGGACGGCGAGGACUCCACUGAUGAAUCCUAUGAUGAAGACUUUGCUGGGGGAACUGACUCAGACCUGGCUGGGCAGCUGCCCCUGGGGCCCCACCUCCAGGACCUCUUCACCGGCCACAGAUUCUCCCGGCCUGUGCGCCAGGGCUCCGUGGAACCUGAGAGCGACUGCUCGCAGACCGUGUCCCCAGAGACCCUGUGCUCUAGUCUCUGCAGCCUGGAGGACGGGUUGCUGGGUUCCCCAGCCCGCCUGGCUUCCCAGCUGCUGGGUGAUGAGCUGCUCCUCGCCAAACUGCCCCCCAGCCGGGAAAGUGCCUUCCGCAGCCUGGGCCCACUGGAGGCCCAGGACUCACUCUACAACUCGCCCCUCACAGAGUCCUGCCUUUCUCCUGCUGAGGAGGAGCCAGCCCCCUGCAAGGACUGCCAGCCGCUCUGCCUGCCACCAGCGAGCAGCUGGGAACGGCAGCGGCAAGCCUCUGACGUAGCUUCUUCUGGGGUGGUGUCCUUAGAUGAGGAUGAGGUGGAGCCAGAGGAACAGUGACCCAAAUCAUGCCUGGUGGUGGCAUGUGUCCCCUGGCUGCUUCUGGGGACAGAGCCUCCGUGCCCCAGCGUGGGCGAGGCUUCCAGCAGAGCUCCAAAGCCUGGAGGGCUCCUGGGAGCACUCACUCCUCCAUUGUGUGUUUGCAUGAAAGUGUUCAGAGGAGGGAGGGGCCAGGCUGGGGGCGCAUGUCCUGCCCCCACUCCUGGGGUUUGCCGGGGGAUGCCCGGGGCCCCUGGGGCAUGGCUACAGCUGUGGCAGACAGUGAUGUUCAUGUUCUUAAAUCAAAAACACCACAUACACAUUUCCUCCUCGGGUGAUGUGAACCCCUAAGGGGGUGGCUGUAACUGGGCUGUAGAGCAGGAGGGAGCCCCGCCUCUCCCGCCCUCUUCCCCUGCCUCUCCUCUGCUUUUCUUCUCACCUCCGAGUCCACGUGCAGUGCUUGACAGAACUGCCCCUGCCCCGGGGGCCGGCUCCAAGCUUCCUGGAGCCUCUGGAUCGAGCUGUCCCCCCAAGGGCCCCUCGCCCAGCUGGGCUUGUGCUGUGCUUCACCUCUCCAUCGUCUCUAAAUCUUCUUUUUCUUAAAGAGGGGUCUCGGUCUAUUCUUUCAGUCGGAUCUUCUCUGGGAGGCCAUGGAAUGACGACAGCCUGUACCCUUGGCCCUCUUCCUGGCCCCUGUGAUGGGGUCUAGGCCUUUCCCCAGCUACUUGAAGGAUGUGUGGGCAGGGUCCUGGUGGCUCAAAGCCCAAAGGCUGCCCCAUUCACUCAGGAGUUCUAUUUAGGGUGGAGUUGGAAGGAGGGAUGGCCCUGGUUGCCACGGAGCAGUGAUCUGGAUGUUCUUCCAGAGAAGACCACAAGGGGGCCACAUGAGUGGCCAGGCAGUUGUCUGUCGGAAUUGUGCCAACAAAAGACAGUCAUGAGGGAGCGUCUCUCCUUGGGGAGGAAAGAGGGUUGUGUCUUUCUUGGCUGAACAAAAGGGCAAAGCUAUCUUCCUGGGGCCUGAGCCUCAGCCGGGGUCUGGAUGAGCAAGCAGCGGUGGCCUCUGCAGACCUGGCAUUCCACGGACAGUGGGCUCUGGAGUUUACAGCUCUGGGGGCUGUGGGUGGCCACUCAAUUUGGAGCUUUGUAGACUUUGGCAGGUGAGAGGGCCCAAGGUAAGAACAGAGCUGAAGGGCACAGGCAUUCUAUAUAUAAGUGGCUCAUUAGGUGUUUAUUUUGUUCUAUUUAAGAAUUUGUUUUAUUAAAUUAAUAUAAAAAUCUUUGUAAAUCUCUA